CAGGUUUUAAACAUAUUUAAAUGUACUCUUCAUAAAUACAUCCACGCAAGCCUAAUAUACAGUAUGUCUUCAUUUCUAACAGUGUUUCCUGUGGUUGCAUGUUGCUGUAUCUAUGUAAAUGUAAACAUGUGUGACGUUGAACGUUAACACCUCUUGCUUCUUCUUUUUUUUGUAACGUUGGGGUUGGAGUUGCAGUUUGAGUAUGCAUUCCUCUGUAACUGUAUAUCCAUUUCCUCUAGUACCUCGUUAUUAUUGAGUAGUACCUAACUCUGCCUUUUUGUUUGUUUUGUGUCUACCUAUUGCCAUGUCUGUUUGUUUUCAUUGCCAGGAAGAAGAACCAGCCAUGGCUCCUUCUGCUGAGAAAAAGCUGACAGGCCUAGUUGCAGCCACGUUUACUCCAUUCACCCCACAGGGUGAAGUCAACCUUGCAGAGAUUGGACCUUAUAUUGACUACUUGACAGAGAAGCAAGGUGUUCAGAGCAUAUUUGUGAACGGGACCACCGGAGAGAGCAUGUCUCUCACUGUUGCCGAGAGGAAGAUCCUGGCCGAGGACUGGUGUCAGAAAGCCAGGGGCAAAUUAGAUCAGGUGAUCGUGCACGUCGGCUGCCUGAGCCUUAAAGACGCCAAGGAACUGGCGGGACAUGCGGCGCAGAUCGGCGCCGAUGCGAUUGCAGUCAUGGCCCCGUUCUUCUUCAAGCCCCGGACUGCAGACGCGCUGAGGUCGUUCCUCCAGGAAGUGGCUUCGGCUGCUCCCAAUCUGCCUUUCUAUUAUUAUCACAUUCCAGCUGUCACCGGUGUUAACGUGCCAGUGAAAGAUGUGUUGGAGGGUAUUGAAGAGCUCAUUCCCUCCUUCAGAGGUGUGAAGUUCAGUGGGAGUGACCUGAUGGACUUUGGCCAGUGCGUCAGCGACAGUCCGCCUCACUGGUCCUUCCUCUACGGCAUGGACGAGCAACUGCUUGCAGCUCUGGCGAUGGGGGCCGAUGGAGCAGUUGGGAGCACUUAUAACUAUGCAGGAUGUCAUUUCAACAAGCUCAUAGCAGCAUUUAAGGAAGGCCACGUUGUCCAAGCCAGAAAGAUACAGUUCAAGAUGCAAGAGCUCCUCAGUUAUGCCAUGAAACUUGGCUUCGAUGUGGGCGUGAACAAGCAGCUGAUGAUCGAGUUGUCCGGCCUGAGCCUCGGGCCCCCACGACUACCCGUGACUCCGUGUCCGUAUUCUCACGCUCUGCUCAUCGUGAAGAAAUACCACCACGUUUUUACCAACUGAUAGUGCAUUUCUAACUGGAUCGUUAGAAUCCCUCAUGAACUCGGCGCAGCAAAUUUACACCUUGAAUGAAACUCGACUGUUGAAUAAGAUGUAAAAAAAAAUUAGACGUCUUUCUUUCCAUAACGGAGAACGUUAACAAAUAUUUUAAUCUCCAGUGUUGAAUGAUUUCUGAAUCGUAUGCGUUAACUAAACCAGGGAAAUGUGGCACUUUUGUGUUUUUGCUCCAUGUAGGAAAAUGGGAUGUGUCACGUGACAUUCAUAAUCACUUCAACAUAAUCACAGUGAGCUACCUCCAAAAAGUGUCAACGCUUUACUACUUUCAUUGUUUUCGUGUUUCGGGUUCGUGAAAUAAAAGUUGUAACUUUUCUACUUUUGAAAAAGCACAGUUAUGGAGAAAAAAAACACAACGGGAAGCUUUCUCCAUCAGAGGGCCGAAAACAGAAGGAGCGGAGCGUGGAUAUGAACCGCUGUUUCACGAAAGAAUUAGCACUCUUGAAAAGGGAAUAAAACAUAAAACACAGAUUCAGCCUCUGUUUUGAGUUAGAAUUCAUACUGUAUAUUCAUAAAUAAAUACUUUUUAAAUGACGUAUUAAAGGGAAAUAUACUCUUUAAUGAUAUGCCCCUGCUUUGGUUUAUAACAAUGAAUCACGAAUUCAUGCUUUGGGACAGAUCUAUUAAUGUCUAUUUUUUGUUCUGUUCUGAAGUUUAAAUAUCACACGGACAGAUUAUCUCUGAGGCAGCACGAACAAGCUCUGCUUUUUUUAAUUUAUAUUUUGAUCUUGCUCUGUAUUCACUAACAUGUCUUUGAAAUACCUAAUAGUUGUAUAUUCUUUUUUUUUCUUCAAUUUAUCGGCUGAUCCAAUAAUAAAUUGUAAAUCUCU